AUGGAGAAAAUUGAGAACAUGGUGGAUGACAACAGGGGACGGUAUUUAACUUUUGCUGGAGAGACCGAUACGAUUGUCUUGCCUGUGGGUGCAAAACCCUCCCUGAACUUAGUGCUGUGUGGGCGACAUGGAGCCUGGAAGACCUCAACGGCCAGAGCCAUUCUGGGCCAACGACAGAUUUAUCCGCCUGUCGACUCCUCACAGUGUGUUCAACACCAGGGAGAGGUGGGUGGACGUCUGGUUUCUCUGGUGGAGCUGCCUGCCUUGUGUGGUAAGCCUCAGGAGAAAGUGAUGGAGGAAUCCCUCAGGAGCAUCUCCCUGUGUGACCCUGAGGGUGUCCAUGCCUUCCUCAUGGUCAUACCUAUGGGUGCCCAAAGUUUGGAAGACAAGAAAGAGUUGGAGACCAUGCAGAACACUUUCGGCUCCGGAGUCAAUACUUUUAGCAGGAUUCUUCUGACUGUGGAGGCCGAUCCCAACGCUUUAAACGCAGAGACGUUCCUGCAGGAAAACAGAGACUUCAAAGAGCUCUUCCUGGGCUGCUGCGGUGGAAAAAAUCUGGUCUGCGACCUCGAAGACAAGCAACAGGUGUCCAACGUUUUACACAGAGUGGAAGACAUGAAAGGUGUGGGAUGCGGAAGCUUCACCAAAGGUAUGUUUCCCAAGAAGGAGGCGAGAGAGUCUCCUAGGAAGGAGCCAAGAACAAUCUUCACUCGAGAGAAGCCGAAAACAGAAUCAACUGGGAAGGAGCCGAGUAGAGAGUGUCUCAGGAUGGUGCUGAUUGGGAAAACUGGUUGUGGAAAGAGUGCCACUGGAAACACCAUUGUUGGCAGAGAGUGCUUUGUGUCCAAAGUUGGUCAACUAUCAGUGACCAAGUGUUGCCAGAAAGUAGUCGGAGAGAUCGAUGGGCGCCCCAUCGUUGUGGUCGACACCCCCGGCUUGUUCGAUACAACUCUGAGCAACGAUGAAAUCAAACAGGAGCUGAUGAAGUGCCUCACCAUGUUGACUCCCGGCCCUCACGUGUUCCUUCUGGUGCUGCAGGUCGGUCGCUUCACACAAGAGGAGAACGACACCGUGGAGCACAUCAAGGAAUUUUUUGGCGAGAAGUCAAAAGACCACAUCAUCAUAUUAUUCACCAGAGGAGACGACCUUAGCAACCAAACAAUCGAAAGUUACCUGGCAGAUGAUUCCGACGGCAACUUAAAUAAACUGAUAACUGAAUGCGGGGGGAGAUACCACGUCUUCAAUAACCAGAAUAAGGACAAUCGUUCUCAAGUCAGCCAGCUGCUGGCCAUGGUGGAGUCAAUGGUGAAGAGAAACGGCGACGGCUACUUCACCUCGGAUAUCCUCCAAGGAACCGAGGAAAUAAUGGAGUGGGAGACAAAGAGGGUGAAGAAGGAAGAGCGAAGAAGGAAACAGCAGGACGACGCCCAACAAGUCAAUUGGGAAGAGAAUCUUCAAACUCUGGAAAAAGAACUACAACUCAUCUCAGAGCAGAACACCCUGGCCGAGUGGCUGCUGCUGCUGCAGGCGAGAGAAGCCGCCAUGAAAGGAAAAGAGGCUUGGGAGCAGGAGAGGAAGGCGUGGUGGGAGAACCGACAUCGAGAAGCAGAACAGAGGCGAGAGGAGAAGAGCCAAGAAGAAGAGAUCAUGAGAAGAGAACAUGAGGGGAGGGAAUACGAAGCCCUGAAAAGGCUCUCCGAGAAGAAUAGGAAGGACAUCAGAGGGAGAGACGAAGAGGCCAGAAAGAAAGCCGAAGAAUCCUACGAGUUCAGCGAGAGGUCCACCGCGGAGGUCUUAGCCCAGAUGGAAAAGAACCAAGAGGAAAUGAAGGAUCUGAAGAUGGAGCAACACAACAAGAACGAGCUGGUGCUCAGACACAUGAGCAAGAAGAAGGUCUACCAGAGAGAGAUCAGGAGAAUGAAAACGAAGCAUGAAGAGCAAAUGAAGGAGCUGAAGCUGCAGCUGUUCCUCAACAACAUGGACCACCUGAACAAGGAGGUCGACGACCUGAAAAAGAUUCACGAGGCGGAAAUCAACGUGUGGGUAGAAUCUCACGUGGAGAAGGCCAUGCGAGACAGGUGCUCCAUUCUAUGA